AUGCAAGAAUUCCUAAAGUCGCGAGCAAGUCCAGAUUUCGACCCUUUCGACGCUGCGGUAGGUGCUUCGAUGGGCGAAAUCAAACUAUCGAACCCGCAUCCUGCUCUGCACUCCUUCAAGGAAACGACGAGGAUCCUUAGAUUGAUCAAACCGGAAGCGAUCGAAUUGAUCUUGGAGUUCAAAUUCCUAGAUCACAUGGAGCUCAUCUUCCAACAUCUCGAUCCAGCAGAUUCAAUGUUCAUACUGAAGGCCGCUGUUCAGUCGCAGGAAAGAGAUUACGUGCAUCAUCGAAUCCACUCUUCGCAGCUCCCUCUGAAUCUUGACUGGACACUGCUCCAUCAGUCCUGUCGCCCAAAGCUCCCACAACCCUUCUGGAACAUCUUCCGGUUCCAAGUGGAGAUAAACUGCACAGAUGUGGCACUUUGCGAGACGAAAAGUGCGUCCGGGAUCAACUUGGCGUUUGUCGGAGCCUUGCUGGCGAGGGGAGCCAAUCCGAACGCUGCAGUGGACAACUCCGGAAUCUUCUCACAGUAUCUGGGAAUUCUAGACGAUGCUACCAGGUCUUGCGAGUCAUUCUCCGAGGGAUGGAACAUUAUCAAACUCAUGGUGCGAUAUGGUGCGGCGAUAAACGAGUUUCUCCCAGAAUGGUCGUAUCUAGCAUCUGCAAAGUAUCUGAGUUUCGAAUCGCAAGAGCAACUGCUGCAAGGCUUUCUCUUCCUUAUGGAACAUGGUCUUGAUGCAAAGUCCGAUAUCUGGGUCCAUCUAUUGUACGGAUUGCGCGACAUAAAACUACAUUCAGGCCUACAGGCAAAGUUACGGGACCUGAUAUCGUCUUUUUUUCGCCAUGGCGCCGUAUUCUCAGGAACGUCGUCGGCAAGCCCAGUCCAACUGCUCGUCAAAGAGGUCGCAAAGUGGGCUCGAGAAGUCGUCAGGGACAUAACGUGGGAUAGCCCUCGUGUUUAUGGUCUCGAAAUCGAUGACUUAUUCGCACUCUUCCUCCAACAUGGGUUUGAUCCAAACCACAAAUUCGACAAAUCGACCGUUUGGGAAGAAUUACUUUUAGCAAUAAGUCUCAGCCCCAACAGCCAGCACCAUGUGAAGCUGAUGUUGCUAUUCGUGCGCUAUCGCGCCAAUCCGUACAGCAAGGACUUACAUCGAAUUCUUGGAUGGGACCCGCGCUACGAACGUCGUAUAGUCGGACCUCUAGCUACAGAGCUGGAAUCCGCUGUGCAUCGAGAAAUCGAUGAUCUCGCACAUCGCGAUCAAUUGUCUCCCCAUGAAACCCUAGGUCUCCCGCGACAUAAUCAGCAAUUUAGACGCUACCGCACGCGAGCUGCGCUCAACAGCCGAUCGAAACGAUCUGCUGAAGAAAUGCCGAACGAUCCGGACAGAGAGGCUGAGAGGGAUUUGAAGAAAAGAAGAUAA